CCUAACUUACGCCUAUCAUUCAAAUUCGUUGCUGACGCGAAAGAUAGAUACGCACCCACGGCAUUUGGGUCUUCCAUUAUACUUAUUUUUUCACAAAGUUAUCCUCAGUCCUUGACCCCUUAGUUGCGUUGCUAGCCGUUGUAACAGUUUCAGCAUAGCCAAAGCAAAGAAAUGGGGAGCAAGCGGCCCCUUCACCUGCUGCUUGUGGCUUGCUGCCUGACAAAUAUGAUGGGAUCAACACAGCGUGGCAAGUGUCGCAAUUAGUUUAGUCAGGCUUUAAUAGGUCACCGGAACGGUCAUUGCCCUCCUGUUCUUCCCUUUACCCGUGAGCCACUUGGGAUAGACUAUUGCUAGCGAGCGCAAUCCAUAUCGUGACAGUCAAGCGGCGGGUCUUCUGAUAUAUACCACUUCCUAUAGCCCCGAACUCCGACACCAUGGAGCUGCCUCAAUUUAGCAACGCAGUGAAUACCAGCCGCGGACGCUUACAUGGAGCUGAAGAAACAGCAACAGACGUUAUAGUCAUCGGAGCAGGUAUCUCUGGGCUUGCCUGUGCGGCAACCCUUCGUAAUGCGGGCUUGCGUGUCGUUGUGCUAGAAGCGCGGGAGCGCAUCGGUGGACGCAUCCACACUGUCCCUCUUGCUGAGGGAAACGGACGUCCGACCUGGGCUGUCGAUCUGGGCGGAGCUUGGGUCCAUGGCAUCGGCAGCAGCGGUGCGCCUAACCAUCUCUACAGUUUGGCUUGCGAACUCCAGCUUGGCUGCCUUCCCACCGACUACAGUGACGCCGCCGUGUACACAGCUGAGGGCGUCCGCCUUGCUGCCGGCACUGUCGCCGACAUAGAAAACCUCUACCACGUUUUCGAGCAGCACCUACACACCCUGCUGCACUCCCCCGACCCCGCCCUAGCGCUCAUGCCCAUCCAAACCGCCCUAGAGGCCUUUGCCUCGGCGCGCCGCCUCUCCCCCGCACAGCGCGCCCACCUAGCCUUCGCCGUGUCAAACCACAUGGAGCACUACUGGGCAGGCGAGGCGACCCACAUGGGCGUGGCGGCGCUGGAUGAGGAGGUGCUGCCGGGGGGAGAUGUGGUGCUGGCACGCGGGUAUGCAGGCAUCGUGGAGCGGUUGGCGGUUGGGUUGGAUGUACGGCUGGGGCAUGAGGUGCUUGCCGUACAGUACGGCGGGGGUACGGAAGAUGGAGGUGGAGGCGGGGUGAAGCCGGGUGAUCGCAGCAGUGGGCGAGGAGGCCAGCAGCAGCAGCAGCAGCCGGCUGCCGGGGUUGUCGUGACGGCGCGAAUGGGAGGAAGCUCCUUGCCUACACCAGCAGGAGCAGCAGCCGCAGCAGCCGCAGCAGCCCCCAGCAGUAGCAGCGGGGGUGCGGUGAUGCGGCUGACGGCUCGUGCGGCGGUGGUGACGCUGCCGGUGGGGGUGCUGCGCUCGGGUGCGGUGUGCUUCCAGCCGGCCCUGGCGCAGGCGGACCCGCGCAAGGCGGCGGCGGUACGGCAGCUGGGCACCGCGGUGUACAACAAGGUGAUCAUGUUGUUUGACCCUGCUGACGUGUUCUGGGACGACACCGCCUUCAUCUACCGCAUCCCGGGGCCCUGCGAGGCGGGCCGCUGGAGCUACUUCCUAAACCUGCACAAGGUCACCGGCGCCCCCAUCCUGAUCGCCUUCAACCUGGGGGAGGCGGCUGCGGCGCUGGAGGCGCUGGGAGACGAGGAGACGCUGGGCGGGGCGAUGCGGGCGCUGGCGGGGCUGUACGGCAGCAGCCGGGUGCGGCGGCCGCGGCAGACAGUGGUGACACGCUGGGGCAGCGACCCGUACUCCAGAAUGUCGUACACAUACAUUCCCGCGGGCCUUACCAGCGCCGCCUUUGACGACGUCGCGCGACCCAUCCUGGGCUCGCUGUUUUUCGCCGGGGAGGCAGCGCACCGCCGGCACUACGGUACGGCACACGGCGCGUACGAAUCCGGCCUGCUGGCCGCAUCAGCUGUCGUACGGGAGCUGGCGUUAAAGCAGCAAUGGCAGUGGCAGUUGGCGUCACGGCGGUUGCUACAGCAGCAGCAGCAGCAGCAACGUCCGCGUAGCAGCAGAGCCUUGCGGGCAGCCCAGCGACCCACGGGUCAACGGGUCGCUGCGACAGGAAAGGUGCCGGCGAGGACUGUUGAGGCAACCGCUGCGGCUGCUGCUUCGCCUGUUGGCGCCUGCCAUGCAGGAAACCAGGAUGGGUUGGCAGGGAGCGGUGCAGCAGAGCUAGCGGUUGUGCUACAUGGGGCCAUGGAAGCCGGCAAGGAUGAGCUGGUCAGCGGUUUUCACUUGCACGAAGGCCGUGCAAUGGGUGCAGGAGGUCAUCGCGGCAGCGGAGGAGAGUGCGGCGAGGAGGGAGGAGGGCAGCAAGCUGGCGCAGUGGGGGAGGUUGCAGGGGUGACGGGGCUGUCAGAGGGUGGUACAGGAGGGAAGGAGGGAGAGGGCAGGGCAGGUGUUGGGGAAGUGCCCGAUGCGGCCCCUCUCCCGCUCUCAAAGCUGUGAAGGGCGCAUGCAUGGCAGUUUGCAUGGGCGGAUGCGGGCGCAGAGAUGCGGCGAGGGACUUGAGCCAGCCUCGUUUCAGACGGCUCAUUGGCUGCCCCAUUGCAUGCGUUUGGGUCGUGAGGCAGGGAAGGCACAGCACGCGUGUGCAUGGCUGGGGCUCGAUAAGUAAGGAGAGGAGGAAGGGAAGGGGGCGUGACCAACACGUGUGAUACCGUAGUGACAUGAGAGUGUGGGAGUGCAGUGUGCUUUGACGUUUGCAUGGCUCGACCAGGUUUUGCCGGAGUGCACAGGCCUUGGUAAUGGAGUGAUUGCGGGGGGGGUUGGCGGCUGCGAGUGCUUGCAAGUAUAACCCUACAAUAUAUACUUGCAGGCCCAGACAGCCGCUCUGUUGCCGUUUUCCUUACAGUUGGUGUGUAGCUUGUCUUGUUGUCGCUGUCUUGUUGCUUCACCCAUUCACGGAAGUAACGGCAUAUGCACGGCGCAAUGUUUGUCAUCUUCUGACGGCGACUCCCUAUCUACCCUCGUGGCCACGUGAGACCCUCUUGCUAGAUAGAUAGGAAGAGGUUGUACACUAGAUAGGACGGGUUUCGUUUGCUUCGUUCAGUUUGGUCCCGACAAUUUUGUGUUUUCGGGGCUUCGUAUGUUCGUUCAUUAUAUAACCCAGGCGUGCUUACCUGCCAAGUUGACUGUCUAGGCGUCUUAGGUUUUGGCUAGGUCGCCGGUUGGUUGGUAGGUGUCUGCCAGCGGAAUAGGGUUCAGCUCCCUGGAAAGCUGGAAAAGGGCGGAGCCUAUUGAUGGAGAUUAGAAAGUAGGAUGGGCAUCACUACUCGGGAAUCACUACGGGCCGUAUAACAGACGUGGUAAGCCUGGUAAGGGACACUCAC